CGGGACAAUUAUUCACUGGACAACAUUAAGGUACUCUAGAGCAUUUACUUAAAAACAGAUGAAGGGCUUUUCGAUAACCGGAUUAUGUUUAGUUUUAUUAAACACUAGAAUAUCAGCGUUAGAUAACGGAUUAGCUUUGACGCCACCUAUGGGUUGGCUAACAUGGGAAAGAUUUCGAUGUAAUACAGACUGUGAAAGAGAUCCAGAAAACUGUAUAAGUGAGCGUUUGAUAAAAGAAAUGGCGGAUAUAAUGGUGUCUGAUGGCUACAAGGACGUCGGUUAUGAGUAUGUGAUAAUUGAUGACUGCUGGCUGGCAUCAGAAAGAGAUCAAGAUGGCCGACUAGUUCCGGAUCCGAAAAGAUUCCCAUCAGGAAUAAAGAAAUUAGCAGAAUAUGUGCACAAAAAAGGUCUGAAGUUUGGUAUAUAUGAAGACUUUGGAAAGAAAACAUGUGGCGGAUUUCCAGGAAGUGAAUUUUAUAUGGAAACGGAUGCCAAGACAUUUGCAGAUUGGGGUGUUGACUACUUAAAAUUUGAUGGCUGUUACUCAAAUCUAAAUGAUUUUCAAGCAGGUUAUGAAGCCAUGGGAUUCUUUUUGAAUAAAACGGGAAGGAAAAUUGUUUACUCAUGCGAAUGGCCAUUUUACAAACUAGUUAGUGGACUUUCUGUUGACUUUGCUGCAGUAAGAAAUACCUGUAACAUGUGGAGAAACUACUUCGAUAUUCAAGACUCAUGGUCCAGCGUUAUUGAUAUAAUUAAUUUUUGGGGUAAUAACUCGAAAAUUUUUACAAAGUAUGCAGGACCCGGAGGUUGGAAUGAUCCUGAUAUGAUUAUUUUAGGUAAUUUUGGAUUGAGCUAUGACGAAGAAAGAGUGCAUCUUGCUAUGUGGGCUAUGAUUGCAGCUCCUCUUAUAAUGUCAAAUGAUCUCAGACACAUGCGUAACCGCUCAAAAGCACUUCUUCAAAACAGAAAUAUUAUUUCAGUCAGUCAAGACAAAUUAGGAAUGCAAGCCAUUUUGUUGCAAAAGGUAAAUGGGAUUCAAAUUUGGUGUCGGAAACUUUCGGACAACCGAACUGCACUAGCUUUUCUUAAUGAGAACUCUGAUGGAAUGCCAAGAUACCUAAAAGUCUCACUGGAAGACAUGAAACUAUCACCAACCAGACCAUAUAAUUUUACAGAAGCCUUUGAAAUGAAAAUUCAUUUCAUCAUAGCAAAGGAAGACCAUCUUGAAAUGUAUGUAAAUCCGCAUGGUGUUCAACUUUUUAUUGCCAAACUGAUGUAGAAUAUCAAGGACGAGCUACAUGCACCAGCACCUAGACAAAUGAUGUGUUCAUCAAGUAAUGUUUUCUGGCGUGUAUGAGGGUAGAAAUUAUGACUGCAAAGAUUUCCCUUGUUUCCUGUUUAAAAUCAACUUUAUAUAUUUAGUUAAGAAAUCAAAUAUACAAUCGUAUAAAAGGCAUUUUUUUUCAUAUUCUUAUAAGUAAAUAGCGGAUCAUA